UCUCUCUCUCUCCCUCUCCUCUCUGCUGCUAUUCUGGGAAGUGGCGUUUGGAAUAACCCCCGUGAGCGAGCGAGUGUGUGUGUGUGUGCGCGAGUGUGUCUCCUGAUUUCACCCUCUCACGCGCACACACAUAACCUACACACUCAUCAUAACACAGUCAGACGCACACAUUUACUGGCUGUCUGACUGCAGUAGGCUAGAGGAGCUCCGGCAGCAGGGACCCGGUCGGAAAGGAUUCCUUCCAUUUUUACGCGCAACUUUUUCCUUCCGUCGGCGACGUUUUCCACCGCUUCCCCUUCGAGUCGUGUGGAUUUCUAACAACUGCUCUCCUGGCUGUUUCUAACGGACAACCAGCGAGGUGUCAAGCCCGCCCGGAAUCGGAUCUCCUGUCACCGGGGGUUGCUUGUUGUCAUUACCGCGCGGAGACGCGCAGCUGGAGCGCAGACGGAAGCGGCUGUGACCAGUUUGUGGACUGGACCAGAGGACAGCUACACCAGGAUGGCCACGCAAGGACACAUCCUGAAACCAAACUGAGCAUGUGCACACCAACCGGGACGCUGUCACUAUAACCACAUUCAAGACACCUUUCCUCGGGGACGCGACUCCUCAGAGGAUGUUACAGGACAGGAGACAGCACAGCGUCUUUUGGUGAGAAAACUGGAAGACUUUUGAAGCUAAAGAAAGGAUCUACAAGCACUUUUCCCUGUAGAAAAAUCACUCAAGGAUUCUUCUGUCGUUAGAUAAACUGGACAGAAAACGACGCACAGCAACAUUAGUGUUUACAAAAUGGCCAACGGAGGGAAACAUUUCUGAUGUUAUCCACUAAAGUUCCCCUUUUAUUUCCACUUCCUGAUUCCUGUUUCCAACCGGGUUUUACAAUCAGUCUAUUUCAGCAAUGGACGGGUACUUCCUGUUUCUUUGAACUUGUUGGCAGCCCUCAAAGAUUCAGCUAUCAUGCCUGGUAGUUGUGGGACCUUGUAACCCUCCAGAACCCACCCCCCCCCAACUCCCCCACCAUCCCCUCUCUCCUUCCUCUUCUAAACCCACAGAAGAGCUUCCCGAAAAUGGAGGCGCGGGAAUCAGCUGCUGCAGGGCAGCGAUGCUCAAAUAAGGAUCCAGUGAAGGAGAAGGCGCUUCUGCAAAGAAAGUGGGCGUCCGAGCCCUCUGCUACCACCAAACGAAGCACUUUUGCUGACCCAGAGGCAAAACACCGUGAGAGUUUGCCUUGUGGUGCCAUGGGGGGAUCAGCACCCCAGCAGAAGUACGCAAUUACGGGGAAUUCUGGGAAGCUGCUAACUGGACCUUCUGCAGUUCGGGCCAUGGGAGGUCCGCCAUCUCAAGACCCCCAAGGGCCCUUUCCUCAGGGGUUCCCAGGGGGAUACUCCUACCAACUCGGCCAGCCGUACCCUCAGCACCCCCAAACUGAGCGCUUCCUCUCAGGAGCCAAACCCCAGCCAGGUUUAGAGCCUCAUGCCUGGCCAUUUGCUGGCCAGUUGCCCUCGGAUGACUUGUACCCUGUAGGACACCCAGGACACACUCAUCCUCAUGGGGCUGGGGGAGGGAGGUUUCCCCGCCAGAAAUCUCCCAGUUUACCCAGCUCCUUUGGACAGUAUUCUCAGUCAGGCCCUGAGCCUGGAGAGGAGGGCUAUAGCAAAAAGGAGCAGAAGCCGAAAAAGCCUGGUAAGUACAUCUGUCACUACUGUGGACGAGCUUGUGCCAAGCCCAGCGUCUUGAAGAAGCACAUCCGCUCGCAUACUGGUGAGAGGCCAUAUCCUUGUGUACCCUGUGGCUUUUCCUUCAAAACCAAGAGCAACCUUUACAAGCAUCGCAAGUCCCACGCUCAUGCCAUCAAGGCUGGACUCGUACCAUUUUCAGAGCUAGCUGUGGCCCGCAGCGGGGACAUGGACCAGGGGUCCCCAGUGGGCGAGGCCGAAGUCCACUCAGACGGAGAGCAGAGUACCGACACAGAUGAGGAAGGUGUGGAGGGCUCCACCAUGCUGACGGACAAAGAUAGUCCCAUCCCGCAGAUCCCCUUUGAAGCUGACAAGAAUACAGGUGGUGUGGAACCAGCAUAUGCAGACUCAGCUGAAGAGCUGCUGGUCGGGUCUAUAAAAGUGCCUAUUCUUAUUGUCCCAAAGCCUGGGGGAGUCCCUUCCACAGGGAUGGAGUGCCCCCCCUUUCAAGACAUAAAGGGGUCACAUCACAUCUUCUCAUCACAUGCUGGCGGGAGAGCGCACUCACUGGAUGACUCCCCUACCAUCAAAGAACGUUUGGCCCAGAGGCUGAAUGAGAAAAAAGGUCAGGAGUCUGACUCUGCCAUGACCCAGUCCCUGAACCUACUCAGUCCUCACAGCAAAGGCAGCACAGACUCUGGCUACUUUUCACGCUCUGAGAGUGCAGAUCAGCAGAUCAGCCCUCCAAAUACUAAUGUAAAGACGUACGAAGAGAUUAUGUUUGGUCGGACUUGGUACUACCGACCCAACUCCAGAUCCCGACAGUCUAUCACAGUGGGCAUGGCAGGGGCGGACCCCAGCCUAGCUAGCUUAAAGCAACCAGGUGCUAUUCUAGACAUGGGGAAGAUAGCUGAGGAUCCUAUCUGUUUCAGAGGUGACGUAGGAAUCUCUGGAGAUCCCAAGCAAUAUCCAACAGGACCUUGUCAAAGCAGUACAGGCCUUUUGGAGCCUCCAUCUGAUUCCGGGACCCUCAUUAGGAGUAACUCCAUGCCAACUUCUUCCCCUCCUAACCUAAGUGUCCCCCCAGCGAUUCGGGGCAGCCACUCUUUCGAUGAGAUGAUGACGACGGAUGAUGUGUUUUACCCACCAGGGCGCCGACUCAGGAGACAGGCUGCAUUUGAACAUUCGGCCAACGAAGCCCAUGUAGGAGAGGCUGAGGGCCAUGGACACAUCCCCAAGCAUUUAGCUUCAUCUCUGGGUAUGAAGAUUGCUGAGCGCAACCCAGGCGUCCCGGGAGUCCAGGAGCACAUUGCCUACAGCCCGUAUGGUACUAAAGUUAGCAUGUCAGAAAUAGCCACAAGAAAAAGGAGGAAAGAGAAGAGUGUUGGGGAUGAAGAGGACAGCCCUGGGCACAAUAGUAGCUGUAGCGGUUCAGUGGAGAUGAUCGGAGACUAUGAGUCUAAAAAAGGUAGUUUUGAUGGCUCACGAGGCACACCAACGGGGAAAGGCUCUCUUUACAGUGCUCAAAGCCAGUCUGACAGCUUUGAUACAUGUACCAGUAUUUGCUCUGAGGACAAUGUACUGUUUCCUGACUCUGAGGGCAGGAAGACAGCGGGGAAUGUCAUAUCAGUCAUCCAGCACACCAACUCCCUCAGCCGGCCAAAUUCCUUUGAGAAGUCAGAGUCCUUUGAGCAGCCAGGAUAUCAUCCUUCAGAUAAAGCUCCAUCGAGCCAGUUCUCUGAACAGUCUGACACAGAGAUCUUUGAAGAUGCUCUGAGUCCUGAAUCUGCCCUACUGAGGACAGAGAGCAUGGAGCAGCAGCUGCAAAGUGACAGUGACCUGGCUUCCCUCUCGUCUUCGUCAGCCGCAGCAUCACCUGGCCAGCCUUAUCACAUCCCACACAAGCUAGUUCGACAACCCAACAUCCAAGUUCCUGAGAUCAGGGUGACGGAGGAGCCAGACAAGCCUGAGAAAGAUGCAGAAACCCCGAUGAUCAAGGAGCCGGAGAAGCAGCCGCAGCAUGUGGAGGAGUUCCAGCUGCCACAGAGGAGUGACACACUCGCCCAGAUGCCAUCGGAAAAGCUCCCGCCCAAGAAGAAGAGGCUGCGGCUGGCAGAUAUGGAGCACUCAUCAGGGGAAUCAAGCUUUGAGUCAACCUGCACUAGCCUUUCUCGCAGCCCCAGUCAGGAGAGCAACCUGUCCCACUCUUCUUCCUUCUCCAUGUCGUUUGACAGAGAGGAAGGCCUCAAGUCUUUCUCACCCACCAAACAGGAUGACUUAUUGGCAUCUGGUGGUGGACCUAAGCAGUCGGAGUUCCUGACGGUACCUGGCACUGGUCAUUCCAGCCACCACCAGCAGAGGGAGAUGAGAAGGUCUUCAUCGGAGCAGGCGCCAUGCACGCUGCCCACAGAGUUGCCUGAAAUGCGCAGCAAAUCCUUUGACUAUGGGAGCUUGUCCUCCUCCAGACAGGGAGAGAUAUACUCCAGUGCCUCAGCAAUGAAAGAACGCCGGCGUGGAUAUCUUGUCCGACAGGCAUCCCUGAGUGUUUAUCCAGAGGCAGUCAUCCAGGAACCAGGGGGGGCUGAGAUCUUAAUCAAACAGGAGAGUCUGGAGCAUGGGGCAUGGCCUGGUCCAACAGGAUCCCCCCAUAGCAGCAGCGAUGUUGCCAGCAGAACCAAGCGAGCUGGCAGUAGCGCUGGAGGUGUAGGAUCUCACCAACACCAACAGCACCACCAGCAUUCCCUCCAGCACAGUAUCAGUGAGGACAGCCUGCAGGACGAACCUCUGUACGGCCGGUCCAAUCAGCAUCGCCUGCAGGCCCAAGGCUCGUCAUCGGAGGGAGAAUAUCCAGGUCAUGAGGUCAUGAACAAGGAAGUAAUCCAGCAGUACCCAAGUGGUCCCCCUUUCCUAUCCUACCAGCAACAAGGUCUGUUCUGGAGUCAGGAGGCUAGUCAGGCACCCAGACAGCAGCUGACCCUCCAGGCCCAGCAACAACUCCAAAAACUCCACAUCCGAUCCCCAGGCUCCCUGUCUGGACACCCACUCCACAAACAACCACCGCUCCACGCCCUGCAUCAAAUCCACGAUCAGCAGCCCCAUGACGGGAAAUCAGAAAACCCUGGCUCACAAGUUUACCCUGCGUCUUUCUCGUCUCGCACCUCUCCAAUGUCCCAGCAGACACAGCAAAACUUUGCUUCUCUCACCUCCAAGCACUCCCUGCUCACGUCCACCACCACCUCCAUGCUUCUACAGCAGGUCCAACCUGUCUUUGCCACACAGAACCUGAGCUCCCAGUCCUCUCUGCCUGGUAUGAUGGUUCCUGUGCGCAUCCAAACUAAUGUGCCAUCCUACGGUAGUGUUAUGUACACCAGUGUUAGCCAGCUGAUAGCCACACGUUCAGCCAGGCCGGGCAUUGCAGACAGCAGCAACAUGCCGUCUCCAGUGUGCGCUGUGAGUGCCAGCAAACCACCUGGAGGAAUUGGAGGAGGCAUUAACGGGACAGGCUUCAACCUAUCACACUUCCUCGGACAGAUGGAUGGCACAACGCUGCACUACCAAGGCUGCAAGGUUCCUGAUUCACUACAGGAGCAAUUCCUGAAUACAGGGAUCCCACUGUCACUAACGUCAGGCACCAUAUCCACAACAGAUGCCUCGGGAUCGGGAGUUGGAGGCAGCAAGCGCAUGCUUUCCCCCACCAAUUCUCUGGAGCUCUUCAUCGAGACUAAGCAGCAGAAAAGAGUAAAGGAAGAGAGGAUGUAUGGGCAGAUUGUUAAGGAGAUGAGUGCAGUGGAGCUGAGUGGAACUGAAAGCUGUAGCAAACCUGAAAAGGGGCAGGGCAGAGGUCAGCGAGCUUGCCUGAAGAGCGAAGGGUCCAUGGAUGAUUCUGAAAGGAUGUCCUCUUCUCCUCCACUAAGUGACUUCCCAGUUGCCACCAAGAUAACCAUUCCUGUCCGUUCCUCUGCCCCUCACCUCCCUGAUGUCCCCCGGGCCGAGAGCUUCACUCCUCCUCUCCAGAUUGUCACAGACCGCUCCCCAGUUUCAGGUGGUCGGGACUCCCCAGAGGAGCUCGAUGUGGACGAUUCAGUCCCAGAGCCCAACUCCAGCCCCCAGUCCAUGGUGUCCUCUAGCGACGCAGACGACAAUGACAACACAAAUCAGCCUAGACCCAAUAAAAUUCCUGUCAGCAUGCUGGUUCAGCUAGCUGCCAAACAAAGCGCAGGAUUAUCUGAAGCAGUGGGCCAGACUUUGCUACUCACGGAUGUGGCUGAGCAGUUUUUCCAGUUCCCAAGCCUGCGCACUAUGAGCCGAGUCAGCUGGUGUUUCCUGAACUACACCAAACCCAACAGCAUCCAAACUGCCUCGCAUAGCUCUGUCUACAACUCGUGGUGUGUAAGCUCAUACAACCCCAAUCCUCUGAACCUUAGUACCAAGGCUGCCCUGGCCCUGCUGAGGUCCAAACAGAGGAGAAACACCGAUUCCAUGUACUCAACUGCCGCCAUGUCGCCACCCAGCUCCGGAAAGCUGGUGUCAUCUGUUGCCUGGAAGCUGAGGUUUGAUCAGCUGAAACCAGAGCUGAUGCCAGUUGAUGUUGGUAAUUAUGGGAGGAAGAUGAAAGGAGUUGUGUCGUGGGACCGUUCGAAGGAGGAGCAGGUAGAGAAGGAGGUCUCGGUCAAACAGCCCGCCACUGAACCGACUCGCAUCAAGAUCUUCGAAGGCGGGUACAAAUCCAACGAGGACUAUGUUUACGUGCGCGGCCGCGGUCGGGGGAAAUACAUCUGCGAAGAGUGCGGCAUCCGCUGUAAGAAACCCAGCAUGCUGAAGAAACACAUCCGAACGCACACCGACGUCCGGCCGUACGUCUGCAAGUUCUGCAACUUCGCUUUCAAGACGAAAGGAAACCUGACGAAGCACAUGAAGUCUAAGGCUCACAUGAAAAAGUGUCUGGAGUUGGGAGUCUCCAUGUCUUCUGUUGAGGACAACGAGGUGGAGGAAGGAGAAAUCGGAGAGGAAGGCCAGAGGUCUGAGAAGAUGUCCCGAGGCGCCAUGGCGGAGCACCAGUUCUCAGACGCCGACGACUCCGAUGGCGGCGAUGACGACGGCGACGAGGUGGACGAUGACGACGACGAAGAGGACGACUACGACGGCGACUCCACGCCGAAGACGCGCUCGCGCUCCACCAGCCCGCAGCCGUACAGCCUGCCCGCCGUGUCCAUCACGGCCGUGGCGUCCUCCCACCCCACGCCACACCUCUCUCAUCCGUCGCCAUCGGACCUCCUGGGCAACACCCACAAGCCCCCGCUGUUUGGCUACUUCACCACCGUGCCGAGCAUCCAGAUCACGCCACAGGCUCCGCCCGGCGACCACGGCCAGGAGGAGUACCAGCGAGGCCUGCAGCGGGCGCUGGGCAGCCGGCUGCUGGCUCCGCCCUCCUCCUCCUCCUCCAUGGAUGAAGACCUCCCAGACAUCUCCUCGCCCUCCUCCUGCCUGUCCUCGCCCGGGCCGGAUCACUCCGGCUGCCCGUCCCCGAUCUCCCCUUCCUCCUCACCCUCAGCGCGUCGAUACCUCUCCCCACGCCGGGACCUCUCGCCCCGCGCCGGACACCUGUCCCCCCGGCGGGACAUCUCUCCUCUGCGUCACAUCUCCCCCAAGAGGGACCUGGGAGGAGGGUGCGUUUACAGGCGAGACCUCUCCCCCCGGAGGGGACACCACUCGCUGCUUUCGCCCCUCUCUCGGCCCACGUCUCCAGCAGGAAGAGACUUCAAGCGUGACAUUUCGCCGCGAGGCCGCCACCGGGGCAUUAUCCGGCCGGUUUCUCCUCGCCGAGGGCUCCACCAACACCUCCACCACCAAAGCCAGCAGAGUGGAUCGCGGAGUCUCAGGCCGGCUCACCAGGCCGGGGUGCUGGGUCCGGCAGAGCCGGGACGUCGCAGAACCAGCACAGAGAUGGAGAUGGAACAUUGUCUGGGCUCGCCGUCGCCAGGGCAACGGGAGUCCAUCCCACCUCACCCGGUUCUGUUCAGUCACCUUCCUCUCCACUCGCAACUCCAGGUGCGUUCGCCGUUCCCGAUGAUCCCCAUCGGAGGGAUCCAGAUGGUACACUCCGUCCCCGUGUCCGUCACCUCCGCUCUGGGCCAGCAGGGGCCCCAGCAGGUCGCCCCCCGCCUGCCGCUGCAGAAGAGCACCACGGAGGACUCCCCCGCCAGCGACGCCGCCUCCCCUCAUUACACCUCCUUCACCGAGAGGGGGGCUCAGAGAGGGGGAGGGGCGGCGUCAGGAGGCGAGCAGCCGAGGACCUCGACUUCCCCUCAGCCGUCUCUGCAGGAGAGGGAGGGAGGAGGGGUGAGGAAGGAGCAGGAGGAGAGCAUCCAGACCUGCACUAAAGCCAUCGCCUCGCUCUGCAUCGACUCCAGGGAGCUCGCCGAGAGAGGCGGGGGAGGGGCUAAAGAUGGAGGCGGACCUUCCUCCUCCACCUCCUCUUCCUCUCCUUCCGCGCCGUCCCACCACCCCCAACAACAGCGGCGCUCGCCAUCCGUCUCCAUGUCGCCGCCGUCUCCGCACCCUUCGCCGUCUCCCCCACAGGGGCCCGUGAUUCAGCACUUUAGCGGCCUGGAGCUCAGGCCCCCCCAGCCAUCGUCAGUCCCCUCCGCCUCCCCUCGCUGCUCCCCCUCCCCCUCCCCCUCCGCCUCCGCCUCCUCUCCUCACCCUCCCAGCCCCGGGGCUGAAACCCUCCAGCCUCUCAUGGUGCCCAAAUCUCUCAAGCCGGAGAGAGACCGGGAGGCCGGAAGCACAAAGAGAAGCAAAGACGUGUCGUAG